AUGGCUCCAAGCUGGACCCGGCCAAGGAGCACCCCGACGGGCAGUGGGGUUCUCCUCCUCGGACUGGGUCUCUCCUUCCUGCUCCGGGGGCUCCUGCCCUGCACAGACUGCAGCCCCCAGCCCUCUUGGGGCUACACGGUCUACGAGAUAGUUAUUCCAAGGAAACUUGGCCCAAAGGUGGGGAAACCCAGCCAGGACGAAGUGUCCUAUGUCAUCAGCAUUCAGGGGGUAAAUUACACGAUUCACCUCAGGCAGAAAGACUUCGUCAUAAAAAACUUCCCCGUAUUCACUCGUCACUCCCGAGGGGAAAUUGUGGUCCAACAGCCCCAUGUGCCGGCAGACUGCUAUUACCACGGCUACAUGGAAGGCAUCCCGGACUCCGCGGUGACUCUGACUACCUGCUCUGGGCUCAGAGGGCUGCUGCAGAUUGGAAACUCAAGCUACAGCAUCGAGCCCCUGGCAGCUUCCACCGUGGCUGAGCACCUUCUGUUGCAGAGGGAUGAGGCGGUUCCUGGAACAGUGAUGUACAAAAUGCCCAGCGAAGGCGGACAGUUUCCAGGUCCUGGUACAGCGACGGGGCAGUUCCAGCCCCGGGGGCACACGCGGUAUUUGGAGCUCCUUGUCGUGGUGGACAAGGAAGGCUUUGACGCCUUUGGCAGAAGUAUAACUAAUGUGACGCUGGAAGUUAUUGAAAUAAUCAAUCUGGUGGACGGGCUGUUUUAUUCUUUCCACCUUCGUGUUUUGGUAACUGCACUAGAGGUUUGGGUGGAGAAGAACCCUAUCAGUGUUUCCAAAAACAUAACCAAGGCCCUUCAUAAUUUUAACCUUUGGCGGAAGCAAAGCCUCACGUACGCCGCGCAUGACGUGGGGUGUCUAUUUGCCUCGAUGGACUUUGAUCGCGGUACGAGAGCAUUGCACGUGGGUGGCAAAUCCAACUUCGCCAGUGCCUGUGAUAGAAAACGCGCCUCUGCUGUUGUAUCGUUUGCGAAACGGCCUUACGUGGACACUGCUGUCCAUGUCGCUCGUGCGUUAGGGCAUGUCCUUGGCAUGGAGCAUGAUGGCAGAUACUGCAGGUGUGGAAACACCUCGAAAUGCAUCAUGAGCACACACAGCGUGGUGAGCUAUCAAUUCAGCAACUGCAGCAAAAAGCACUAUUUUGAUUUUAUAGCAUCAAGGCAAGGAUUCUGCCUUAAUAACGCCCCAGAAUCAGUAACAACAUUUGCACUGCAGCGCUGCGGGAAUGGCGUCCUGGAGGUUGGAGAGGAGUGCGACUGCGGCUCAGAAGCACAAUGUAAAUUGGACCUUUGUUGUGACAAUAACUGUCAAAAAAAAAAAGGAGCCAUUUGCACUUCUGGAGGCUGCUGUAAGAAUUGUAAGCCUCUUCCAGAAGGAAAAGUGUGUAGGGAGAGUGCCGGUCCGUGUGACCUGCCCGAGUAUUGCAACGGGACAUCCGAGCAUUGCCCGGCAGAUGUGGCCAAGCAAGAUGGGACCGUGUGCGCUGAGGACGGGUACUGUUACUCGGGCAAAUGCCAAUCUCACACGUUACAGUGUAUGAGUAUCUUUGGCAAGGAAGCAAAGCCCGCUCCACUACCAUGUUUCCAGGAGGUGAACACGAAAGGGGAUCGCUUUGGCAAUUGCUGGGGAGAUGGGGCAGAUAUCAACUUUCAGAAAUGUGAGCUAGAAAAUAUCCUGUGUGGGAGGGUGCAGUGUACGAACGUUAGACGUCUACCUCAGCUGGAAGACCACACAACCAUCGUUCAAACCCCGGUGGGCGAUACCUGGUGUUGGGGCACAGACUACCACUUGGGUGUGGACCUUCUGGAUGCUGGAGUCAUUAAGGACGGCACGCAGUGCGGUGAGAAGAAGAUCUGCAUUAAUCGGACGUGCGUUCCCAAGGAGAAGUACUUGACAUCCCGCUGUUCUGCCAACAGAACCUGCAGAGGAAACGGAGUCUGCAACACUAGAGGAAACUGCCACUGUGACAACGGCUGGGCACCUCCCUACUGCCAGUUUGUUGGCUUUGGAGGAAGCGUUGACAGCGGGCCUGCACCGGUCACCAAAAAGGGGCUUUUUAGGUUCAUCAUCGGGUUUACCGUAGUAACCGUUGCUGUCCUGGCACUCGCAGCUCUUGUCAUCGUGCACGCAAGGAAGCUCGGAGUAACCCAAGCAUUGAACAGACUCACUGGAUGUUUUUGGGCUAGAGAAUGGGCUCCUGAGGAGGAUGCGAAGGACCAGGAGGAAGACGACAUCUCAAAACCAGCCGAGGGUCAAAACUCCCCUGUGUAG